AUGUCGUGGAAAUUUCUAUCUAUCUAUCUAUCUAUCUAUCUAUCACUAUGCUUCUAUCUAAUCUAUCUAUCUAUCUCUGUCGCAGCAUCUAUCUAUCUAUCUAUCUAUCUAUCUAUCUCUAUUGUCUAUCUAUCUAUCUAUCUAUCUAUCUAUCUAUCUAUUCCUCUUCGUAUCUAUCUAUCUAUCUAUCUAUCACUGACUCUUCGUAUCCCUAUCUAUCUAUCUAUCUAUCUAUCUAUCUAUCUACUUAGUCUAUUACAAUCUUUUAAUAUCUAUCUAUCUAUCUAUCUAUCUAUCUAUCUAUCUAUCUAUUUCGGUUUGUUCAUAUAUAUGUAUCUGUCUAGCUACCUAGCUAGCAUAGUCUGUUCAUAUCUAUCUAUCUAUCCUACUCCGUUCAUAUCUAUCUAUCUAUCUAUCUAUCUAUUUCGCAUAGUCUGUUCAUAUCUAUCUAUCCUAUCCGUUCAUAUUCAUAUCUAUCUAUCUAUCUAUUUCGGUCCUGGUCGAUGGCCGCAAAUAAUUAUAAGUUGUAUAUCCUCCUCACGCUGGGAGGUCUUGAGCAACGGAUACAAUUUACUUAUAAUGGUGCAUCUUCUCUCUCGCGCGCGUAUUCCGCAGAAAGCUUCCGCACGCAUCCUAUUCAUAUCUAUCUAUCUAUCUAUCUAUCUAUCUAUCUAUCUAUCUAUUUAA